AUUAGCCAAUUUUGUCUGAACACUGCUGCCAAAUACGAAAAAAAAAAAGAAAAAAAUGUCUGAACACCACAGGCAAAACAAGAUACAGUGUUCGUAAUCAUGCUUAUCCAAACACCAUGGAAAAGCAAAAAUUGUCUGAACACCACAGACAAAAGACUCAUUUGUUCGUAAUGAAAUCCAUCCUUAUCCAAACACCAUGGAAAAGCUAAAACUGUCUGAACACCACAGACAAAAGAUACAUUUGUUCGUAAUUAUGCUUAUCCAAACACCAUGGAAAAGCUAAAACUGUCUGAACACCACAGACAAAAGAUGCAUUUGUUCGUAAUUAUGCUUAUCCAAACACCAUGGAAAAGCUAAAACUGUCUGAACACCACAGACAAAAGAUACAUUUGUUCGUAAUUAUGCUUAUCCAAACACUAUGGAAAAGCUAAAAACUGUCUGAACACCACAGACAAAAGAUACAUUUGUUCGUAAUUAUGCUUAUCCAAACACCAUGGAAAAGCUAAAAUGGUCUGAACAUUACAGACAAAUUAUAUAUUUGUUUGCAAUAGGGCGUGUUCAUGCAACAUGACAUACAUAAUAAUAAUAAUAAUAAUAAUAAUAAUGAUAAUAAUAAUAAAAAAAAAAUCAGGCGUCUUGCAUAUCACAGAGGGACGAAUUAAUGAUUUAUGUAGAUAUCUAUUUCACGGCGUUAUUUACGCCUGACUGCGAUUAAAUUCUAAUCGUUUAUAUAUGUUUCUUCUUCAUUUUAUUGCUUAAAUGGACUGCUGCUAGAAAUGUUUUAAAAAACAUUUUUCAGGAUCAUGGCCGACGAUCAAGAGGUCGGAAACAACCAGUCCAAUAUUCCAAUAUAUUUGAAAAAUUCGGGACACUUGCAGGAUCUUCUAGUCAGUUAGAAGACAUCCAAAAUGCAAUAAAAGGUUUAACGGAUUCUCUGACUGAAAUGAGGUCUGACGUAAAUUCUUUGAAAAGAACUGCAGUUACCUGCGAAGAAACAUCAACUUCGAAACGUUUUUGCACGAGGGAUGAUUCAGGCUCAGAUCACGAAAGCGUGGGAGAUUUUUUCACCGAAUCUGGGGUCACCGACGGAAAUGAUGAUGAUGAUGAUGAUGAAUUCUGCAUGGUGGAUUUCUUCGAGGAUGCCUCAGAAACAGGAGCGGCGAUAAGUUACAAACUAGCCACUUUGAGCAAUAAAGCUUUGCAGGUACAACCGAAAGAAGAAAAAAUAAAGGAACUUUUGGACACACACAAGAGGCCUAACAAUGUAGAAUUUCUACAAGUACCUUUGGUGAAUGAGCAGUUGUGGCGACAGUUGCCAUCUCGAGUUAAAGCACAGGAUUUUCUGUUGCAGAGGACACAAAAAAUUUUUUCGUCUGCUUUGGUACCGGUAUUGAAGACCAUGGAUGAGUUAAAGACAGAUGGACGACCAAAAAUGAAAGAGUUGAUUGGGGAUACUUUCAAACUGUUAAACAAUGCUUUUGUCACUACUUCUCAGAUGAGACGUGACAGGAUAAAGAAAGAACUUCUCCCGCUUUAUAGGCCAAUUUGUUCAGCAAACCAAUCUGCCACUCAUCUGUUUGGCGAUAAAGUAGAUGAAGAACUUAAAAAGUUAAGGGACAAUAAGCAGCAACUUACAUGUACUUCCAGGCGUUUCUUUUUUAGGGAAACGCCAGGGCAUGGCGACCCUGGUACCUCAGCACAAACGGAAACAUGCGCUCAAUUCACAGGGCAACAUGAAUUUCAAUCUACAGCGACGACGUCAAAAUCACAAUUACAGGACAAAACAGCAGAAAAAGAAUACUUUCCAAUCAAGAGCACAGAAAAAUUAAUAUCCGAAUGUAAUAGGCAGGGUCCUGCAAAAAGUAGAAAUAGAUCAAACAGAACUACUGUGUUUAGUAGCACCAAUAUGGCCUGCACAGACAUGGUGGCCGACAUUAAUACAACUUAUUGUUGCACCAUGCCUUCUACUUCAGCACCCUCAGGACAUCCUUACGUUGUGCCAUCGACCGGGAAAGAAACACCCAUUAAAAAAGAUGAGGCUAGCGCUUUUUCCCUUAUCAGGAAAGCGCUUGAAGAUAGAGGGAUUUCAAAUGAAGCUCAGCAGAUAUCAUUAAUUCGUGGCGGAGAACAACCAGGAGACAACGAAAGAUUGAUAAUAAACACUCCACAUUUAUUAAAAACAUCGAAACCUGGUCGGCAGCAGACACCCUUUUUGUUUGACAGUUUUAAAUCAGAUAAACGCUUGUGUAUUGUCAGCGUCAUUAGUGAGUAUUUACAGAGAACGAAAGACCUCAGAAAUACCAAUAAAUUACUGAUAUCAACGGUCAAGCCUCAUGGGGCCGUUUCAAAACAAACAAUUUGUCGCUGGAUUAAGCUAAUUAUGCACAGAGCUGGGGUGCAUAAAUCAUUCAAACCACAUAGCACGCGCGCUGCUGCGUCUUCAAUCGCACACAUGCGUGGAGUCCCGUUACAGACGAUAAUUGAAUCAGCGGGAUGGAGCAAUGCUCAGACAUUCGCUAAAUAUUAUGAUAAACCAGUAUCAAAUACCAAUGGAAAAUCUAUGCAGGCUAUCAUAGAUAUUGCUAAUUAG